GGCUCGCCCCAGCCCUGCCCCUGCUUCUUGCUGGCCCUCGCCCACGCCUCCGUGCCCGGGGAUGGCCUUUUGACACGCCUCCCACACGCACUGCUCUCUCAGGGCUCCACACUUGAAGGGGUAGCCGGAGGGAAGGGGCUAAUCAUUGUUUGAGCGCCUACUGUGUAACAUGUAACCCUCACUACACCCGCGAGAGGUAGGUACUUUCUGAGCCCCGGUCUAGAGUUAAGGACAUCGAGGCAGAUGGUGCCCCGACUUCUCUCUCGAGCAACUAGCUAUGCGGUGCCAAGAGCUGACCGGGUUUGACUCGCCCUCCCCAAUUGAAUGCCAGUUUAUGUUUGUGCCCUUCAGCCCCUCUCCAGACAUGGAAGGCCAGAUUCCUUAUGAUGAUUAUCCGGUGGUCUUCCUGCCCCCCUAUGAGAAUCCCCCAGCCUGGAUUCCUCCUCAUGAGAGGGUCUACCACCCAGACUACAACAAUGAAUUGACCCAGUUCCUGCCUCGGACUAUCACACUGAAGAAGCCCCCUGGAGCCCAGUUGGGUUUUAACAUCCGUGGGGGAAAGGCCUCCCAGCUGGGUAUCUUCAUCUCCAAGGUGAUUCCUGACUCAGAUGCACACCGGGCAGGACUACAGGAAGGAGACCAGGUCUUGGCAGUGAAUGAAGUAGAUUUCCAAGACAUUGAACAUAGCAAGGCUGUGGAGAUCCUGAAGACAGCCCGGGAGAUCAGCAUGCGGGUCCGAUUCUUCCCCUACAACUACCAUCGCCAGAAGGAGAGGACUGUGCAUUAGGAGCUACACCCAUCCCCUGCAUGUAAACUCGACCUGGAACACCUGACUGACAUAGGAAGCGCCUGGGAAAGCCUGCACUGAACCAGACCUCAGCCUGCACUGCCCUGGCUUACACUGCACUUUUCUUCAUUUUCUAGAUGGGCUUCAGGCCUAGUAAAGGCAAGGGAACGUUUUCAGGGUGGGGAGAAUCCCCUUCCUCUGUGCCAGCAUUGAUCUGAGACAGGAAACCCAAUGGAAACUUCACCUUUCUUCCCUCCCUGAACCUCUCGCCCCCUCCCCCCCAUCCCUAGAGAAAUAAAAGGAAAAUCUGGA